AUGGAGGACCUGUCGCCACUAGGCAACACGGCGCUGCCCUGUGACAACAUGGGCUACCAAGCGCAGAUGCCCACGUUUGACUACCUCCAGAGAUAUGAGGGGGAAAGUCUCCAUGAGAAUGAAACCGAUUUACCUUUCCAGACGCUUAUUCCGCAGUACGAUCAGUCUGCUCCAAACCACUUCUGUUCCCACCAGCCGGACUACCUACCUGAGUAUAACUCUAUUUUUCGCAUUGUCCGACCAAACUUUUGCCAGCUGGAACAGAUGCCAAACUCGUUGUCUGUGUCUAAAAUACUCCUUGAGAUCCCUGCGAAAGAGUCCUUAACAUCGCAGACUGUCACACCUCUGCAGGCUUUCCCCUUUGCAGCAAUAGAUACUCUUCCCUUCUCCUGCUUUGAGUCCCCGCCCAGACUCGCCACUUUCAAGACGCAAAAUUCUCUGAUCCCUAUCCAACCCUUGAGAAUUUCCUUCGGCGCCGAUACUCUCUCUAGUCAGUUGUCCGAAGCACUGGCAGAGUCUGACAAGAAAAGCCACCUCUCUCUAGUGGGCAAUGGGAUUUCUCCGAGUCAACAACAAGGUCAGGUCUUUCGCGGGCAGCCCAAGAAGCAACCUGCAGGUUCUAAUUUGAGCCGGAAAAAGGGGCGCUCUAUUGUCAAAGACUCGCAGUUCAAGUGCAAGAUACCCGAGUGUAACAGUUCCUUCGGGAGUCACGAUAACCUAAAGCGGCACGUGAUGAGCCACUCCCAAAGAAAAGCGAAUGUCCGCUGGGUGUCUGGGUGUCACCGCGCUUUCUUGCGUUGCGACAACCUCAACGCCCACUACACAAAGAUGCGUAACAAACCGGGCUGUCACAACCUUCAUGUUUCCUAUGAGACGAGCCCCUAG